ACGCGGAUGACGUCACCCUCCAACAUGGCGGCGGCGGUAGACUAGGGCCGCGGGUCGGAGCAUCCGCCGCCGCUGAGGACCCUGUCGGAAACCGCUGCCGCCGCCUCCUUCACCUCUUCUGGGGCAGGGACCAGGGCCAGGUUUUACUCACCUGUAAAUAGACCUUUUUGGAGCUCAAUGGCGUCCUCUACUACAGUGCCUCUAGGAUUUCACUAUGAAACAAAAUAUGUUGUUCUCAGCUAUUUGGGACUCCUCUCUCAGGAGAAGCUGCAAGAGCAACACCUUUCCUCGCCCCAAGGAGUUCAGCCAGAUGAAGCUUCACCACUUCUGGAUCAAGAAAUUUUAUUAAAAAUUAAAAUUGAAAUUGAAAAGGAAUUAAAAUCCCUGGAUAAAGAAAUUUCUGAAGCCUUUACCAGCACAGGCUUUGACCGUCAUACUUCUCCAGUAUUCAGCCCUGCUAACCCAGAGAGCUCAGUAGAAGACUGCUUGGCUCAUCUUGGAGAAAAGGUGUUACAGGAACUGAAGGACCCUCUACAGAAAGCCGUGCAGAAGCUCCUCGACCAGCCAGUGACGUAUCAGUCAUACCGGGAAUGUACGUUGGAGACUGCAGUUCAUGCCAGCGGCUGGAAUAAGAUUUUGGUGCCCCUGGUUUUGCUACAGCAAAUGCUUUUGGAGUUGACAAGACGUGGUCAAGAACCUUUGAGUGCAUUGUUGCAGUUUGGUGUGACAUAUUUGGAGGAUUGUGCAGCAGAAUACAUCAUUCAGCAAGGUGGCUGGGGCACUGUGUUUAAUCUUGAACCAGAGGAGGAAUACCCUGGAAUCACUGCAGAAGAUAGCAAUGACAUUUAUAUCCUUCCCAGUGACAACUCUGGACAAAUCAGUCCUCCAGAGUCUCCGACUGUGACCACGUCUUGGCAGUCCGAGAGCUUGCCUGUUUCACUCUCAGCAAGUCAGAGUUGGCACACGGAAAACUUACCUGUGUCCCUUGGUCCUGAGUCCUGGCAGCAGAUUGCUAUGGAUCCUGAAGAGGUCAAAAGCCUAGAUAGCAACGGGGCUGGAGAGAAGAGUGAGAAUAACUCUUCCAAUUCUGAUAUUGUACAUGUGGAGAAAGAAGAGAUACCCGAGGGAAUGGAAGAGGCUGCUUUGACUUCAGAAGACUUGUUUCCUGAAGGCCCAGCAUCCUUGCUUCCAGAUAUCACUGCCACUUCCUUGCUGGAGAUGCGGGAACCUGACACGGAAAUGACUGCAGUGGAGAGAGUCAGCCCUCCCACAUCUCUGUUUGUAGUGCUAGACGAAGAGGAGCUGAAAGCAGCAACAAAGGAACCCGUUGGACUGGAGGAAGAGGGGACAGCUGCACUGAAACUCAGCACGAAGACACGGCUGAGUGAAGAGCUGACGAUAGGGGGAAGGAGGCCUGGGGCAGGGCCCUCCCCAGCUGGGGAAGAGAACGUCCUCCCGCUCUCGGAGGGCAAGUCCGUGCUGCUGUUUGGAGGGGCUGCUGCUGUGGCCUUCUUAGCAAUGGCAGUUGGGGUAGCCCUGGCUCUGAGAAGGAAAUAGAUCUUGCAAAAGAGAAGACAAGGUUUGGGUGGUACUGCCUGAGUGUGAACAUUUGUGGGACUCCUGUAACUGGAGACUGCACUAACGAAGAUGGGGAUUGACCCACUAUUAAGGACUGAGAAGGAAGGUGUUCACAUUUGUCUGGUGUAAAGGGCCCUGGCUCAUACUAGACUUAGAAUCUUAUGAGUAAAGUGUUCCCUCUAGGCCAGGGUUUUUCAACCUUGGCAUUAAUGGCACCUUGGCAGUUUAAGAAACUGGCCUGUGCACUGAAGGACAUUUAGCAACACCGCUGGCCUCUACCCACAAAAUAUCAGUAGUACCAUUCCCCCCAAAUUGUGACAGCCAGAAAUGUCUCCUGACAUUGCCAAAUGUCCCCUGAGGAUAAAAUUGUUCCCUGUGGAGCAACAUUGCUUUAGAGGGAGAGGGUUUAACUUAGAAGACUCUGGGACAGAAGUUCCUAGGCCAGAGGGCUCAGUGCUGAUGACCUGUCCCGGGGGUGUCAUUCCUGAUUAGCUUGCUCGUCUGUAGCCAGGACUUGGGCUCUUCCUUUCUUCCUCACCGUCAGUCGUCUAGUGUGAGGGUGCUCCCCCCCUGUGUCUCAGCUCUCAGGUUCCCACUGUACUCCCCCCCUGCACCCCAGGUUCCUUCUGAGACCCCCGCCCUCCAUGAGAGGUGCUUGCUCGGCACCCUUAAGUCUCUGGCAUUUCCUACUUCCUCCUUGUGAAGAGGCUGCCUUGAGUCAUCUCUGAAAUACAGGAGACCCGGCCUCCCUCCCGGCUGGAGAACGGCCAGGGGACUAGCAAGAGAAGAGCUUUGUCUCCCUGUGGAGCCCGGCGACCAGCUGAGGUCUGUCCCAGACCAACUGAAGUCUCUUGUUCUGCGACCACUCAACUGAGAUUUCAGUGACUUUCCCCCAGCAUUUCUGUUGCUGGAGGAUCACUGUGUAUAUCCUGUGCUAGGGUAGAACUAUCUGGUCUGUCUUGUUCACUGGUCAGCCAGCUCCUCUGUGAUCUCUUGCCAUGGAGCAAGAAUUUUCAUACUGUGGCUUAUAAAUCAGUUGAAUCAUAAUUCAAAUAUAGAAAGAUUCCUGAAUAUCACUGAAAUAAAAAAAAAUAGGAAAUUCAAGAAAUUCAAGCACUUUGAAUUUCUACAGGUUACGUCCAAGAUUCUAGUUUGGCAGUGGAUGAAGUUCAGAAAGAGCUCCAGGCUGGAGGCUUCUGCCCGAUUCUUGUUCAUCAGUGUGAGCUGUGAAACUCAGCUUGAUUUUCUAUCCUCUGGGAGAUCCCGUGCUGUCGGGCACUGGGACCUGAGGACAAGUCACUGUGCAGGACACACAAAUCAGGUCAUGUUUAUCUUAGUUAAAUACAACAAAUUGCAUUUUCAGUCUUGAAAUUUGUAAUAAAAUUACCUACCCAGGUCACCAAAA